AUGGAGAAAAAAGAGUCGAAAACAAAGUUUUAUAAAAGAUUUAAAAAUCAAGAAUUAGAAGAGUUAACUAAUGAAUUAGAACUAUCUCCUAAAUCCUCUUACAAAAAUAUUGAAAAAUUGCUCCGAAAGAAAUUAAAAAUCUUGCUAGAUGCUGAAAAAUGGCAGGAUUUACAGUGUUUUCCGAAUAAUAAUCCCGAAAAGUUAAGGGGUAGUAAAAUAAAAAAUCAGUGUAGUCUUAAAGUUAAUCAACAAUAUCGGCUUAUUUUUAUUUGGCAGAAUAAUAAGGCUUGGGAAAUUGAGAUUAAUAAGCAUGAUAAAAGUUAUGGGAAAUAG